CCCCGCCCCUCGCGCGCCGAGCCCCGCCCCCCCGCGCCAAGGACCCGGAUGAGGGCACGCUGCCGAGGGGCCUUGUGAAGCAGCGGCGGUUACGCAGGUGCGGCUGCCACCUCCUCUGUGCUAACCCCCCAGGUAGCACCUGUCCGCUGGCCCGGCCUCCCAACGAGACAGUGUGAACGCAGUUUGCUUCGGUCUCUGCACUAUGACCUCCAAGAAACUGGUGAACUCUGUGGCGGGCUGUGCCGAUGACGCCCUGGCUGGCUUAGUGGCCUGCAAUCCCAGCCUGCAGCUCCUACAGGGACACCGAGUGGCCCUGCGCGCUGACCUGGACAGCCUCAGGGGCCGGGUGGCUCUGCUGUCGGGCGGGGGCUCCGGCCACGAGCCUGCCCACGCUGGCUUCAUCGGGAAGGGGAUGCUGACAGGAGUCAUUGCGGGAGCUGUGUUCACCUCUCCGGCCGUGGGCAGCAUCCUGGCCGCCAUCAGGGCAGUAGCACAGGCGGGCACAGUGGGGACCCUCCUGAUUGUGAAGAACUACACGGGGGACCGGCUAAACUUCGGUCUGGCCCUGGAGCAGGCCCGAGCAGAGGGCAUCGCUGUGGAGAUGGUGGUGAUUGGGGACGACAGCGCCUUCUCCGUCCUCAAGAAGGCUGGCCGUCGGGGGCUCUGUGGCACUGUGCUUAUCCACAAGGUGGCGGGCGCUCUGGCAGAGGCAGGUGCGGGGCUGGAGGAAAUCACUAAGCGGGUGAGCGAAGUCGCCAAAGCCAUGGGCACACUGGGAGUGAGCUUGUCCUCCUGCAGCGUCCCUGGCUCCAAACCCACCUUUGAGCUUACUGCCGAUGAGGUCGAGCUGGGCCUGGGGAUCCACGGGGAGGCUGGUGUGCGACGGAUAAAGAUGGCCACCACUGAUGAGAUCGUGAAGCUCAUGCUAGACCACAUGACCAGCCCAUCCAACGUGUCCCACGUGCCUCUGAAAGCCGGCUCUUCCGUGGUUCUUAUGGUCAACAACCUGGGUGGCCUAUCAUUCCUGGAGCUGGGCAUCGUGGCCAAUGCUGCCAUCCGAUGUCUGGAGGGCCUCGGGGUGAAGAUUGCCCGGGCACUGGUGGGCACCUUCAUGUCAGCCCUGGAGAUGCCUGGUGUUUCUCUCACCCUCCUGCUGGUGGACGAACCGCUGCUGAAGCUGAUAGAUGCUGAGACCACUGCAGCAGCGUGGCCCAAUGUGGCCCGGGUCCCCGUAAGUGGGCGCAAGCGGAGCCGGCCAGCUCCCAUAGAUCCCCCGGAGGCCCCUGACUCCACUGCUGUAGCAGGCUCAGCCUCCCAGCGUGUGGGGCUGGUGCUAGAGCGGGUGUGCUCCACCCUCCUGGGCCUGGAGGAGCAGCUCAAUGCCCUGGACCGGGCUGCCGGUGAUGGGGACUGUGGCACCACCCACAGCCGUGCUGCCAGAGCCAUCCAGGACUGGUUGAAGCAGGGCCCACCCCCCGCCAGCCCUGCCCAGCUCCUCUCCAAGUUGUCCGUCCUGCUCCUGGAGAAGAUGGGGGGUUCCUCCGGGGCACUCUAUGGCCUGUUCCUGACGGCUGCAGCCCAGCCACUCAAAGCCAAGACUGACCUCCCGGCCUGGUCUGCUGCCAUGGAUGCCGGCCUGGAGGCCAUGCAGAAGUAUGGAAAGGCGGCCCCAGGAGACAGGACCAUGCUGGAUUCGCUGUGGGCAGCAGGACAAGAGCUACAGGCCUGGAAGAGCCCCGGGGCUGGGCUGAUCCCCAUUCUGACCACAGCUGUCAAGAGCGCAGAAGCUGCAGCUGAGGCCACCAAGAACAUGGAGGCCGGGGCUGGGAGAGCCAGUUACAUCAGCUCGGCACGACUGGAGCAGCCAGACCCUGGGGCGGUGGCAGCCGCGGCCAUUCUCCGUGCCAUCCUGGAGGUGAUGCAGAGCCAGGGCUCCUGAACGCCUCCCUCCCUGCCACGCAUAGGCGGCCACUGCCAUCUCCUCCAACUCCAGCUGUCCCCCCCCUGGCCUCUGAAUUCAGUAGGUGUCCCUUUGGCACUGCGCUGUCCUCCUCAGGGAGGGUGGGGGUCCUGCCCCCAUCCCCUGGCUCUGCUCCAGCCAGGGCCUGGCUUUCAUGCUCAACAUGGCUGGGUGAUACCACCUGCACCUGGCCCUGACCUCCUCUGAAAGGUACCCAAGCCCAAGCCAGGGCAGACAGCAAGCCAAUAAACCAUACGAAACAACAAA